UCCACCCACAUUAGGUUUUCAAGAUGGUUUCUUCUUCUUCUUUUUAUUAUUUUCUCUCACUCCUUAUUCUGACCAUCUCAUGCACUCAAAACCCUAAUUUAUUUGUCAAUGGAGACAUGAGUUUGAUCCAAAAAACAUGCAAAACCACUAAGUUUUACGAUCUUUGCGUGUCGUCUCUCGAAUCCGACUCAACGAGCUCACAAGCUGACACGAAAGGGCUAGCGAUUAUAAUGGCGAGAUUCGCAGUGGCUAACGCCACCAACACCAACUCUUUCUUAUCGUCUAAUGUUCUUGCGAAGAACACGACUAGCGACGGAUUAAUGAAGAAAGUAUUGAAGCAGUGUGCAGAUAGGUACUUGGCUGCUGGCAGCUCCUUGCAAGAUUCGGUUAAAGAUUUGGGGUCAGAGUUGUAUGAUUAUGCUUAUAUGCAUGUGAUGGCAGCUGCAGAUUAUGCGAAUUCGUGUCGUAACGCGUUUAAAAGGUACCCAAAUUUAGUAUAUCCCCCUGAGAUCUCUGUUAGAGAAGAGGGUUUGAAACAUAUUUGUGAUGUGGUUAUGGGAAUUAUUGAUAAUCUUGUGUAUUGACAUUUAUGUCUUGGUGUUUUGUCAUUUGUUUUAUAGGUAAUGAUUGUAUGUUUUUGUUUGUGUUAUCUGUAAUUUGUCAAUAAUUUCGGUGUU